ACAUUUUGGAAAACUUAAUUAUACCACUUGAUAGCCCUUGGAAUUCUCUAUCACCCUGUCUAUUUUUGUCUUCGUUUACAGUUAAACAUUACCAAAAUAAAUUGAGUGCAAUGAAGGUACCCUUAUGUCCAGAUUCUCACAGACUGGAUUUUUUCUCUGCCAUCAAAAUUAGUCUUUCAGAUUUUUCUAUCACUAUGGUGUUAUCUUUUUUAAAAGUAAUUAUACAUUCUGAUAGAGCUUGAAAUUCUCUAUCAGCCCAUAUAUUUAUCUAUUGCCUUAUAUUUGUUUAUUGAAAAAUAAUUUGAAUAGAAUGAACGGUCCCUCAAUCGACAAGUAUGAAAAAUCUGCAAUUUUUCUCGCUACUUAAAUUCAAGACAAUAUAUUAAUAUAUAUGAUGAUAGAGAAUGUCAAGCUCUAUCAGAAUGUAAAAUUUUUUUUUGGAAAAAGUUAUUCCUAUACGAAAAUAAUUUGCGAAAGAAACUAAAAAAACAACGAAAAAAUGCGGAUUUUGUAUACUUGGCAAUUGAGGAGGCGUUCAUUGUAUUCAAAUUAUUUUUCAGCAAACAAAUAUAAGGCAAUAGAUAAAUAUAUGGGCUGAUAGAGAAUUUCAAGUUCUAUCAGAAUAUAUAAUUACUUUUUCGGAAAUGUAUUUUUAUAGCUGGAGAACUAGUUGAGGAGACAAAAUCCAAUCUGUGAGAAUCUGGGCAUAAGGGUACCUUCAUUGCACUCAAUUUAUUUUGGUAAUGUUUAACUGUAAACGAAGACAAAAAUAGACAGGGUGAUAGAGAAUUCCAAGGGCUAUCAAAUGGUAUAAUUAAGUUUUCCAAAAUGUCCUUCUCAAGCGUCAAUAGAUUCGAAAUACCAUGUCCAGCUUUUACUUUCCAGGGGUAUAUAUCUGAUUAAACACUGACUAAUGAAAUAUUAAAAAAAAAUCAAAUAUUGAUUGUUGAUUAUUAUUUUAGCAAGUAAUAGUUGUCGACAGGUGCAAUAUCUUAAUCAUGGUACUUGUUAUGAAAUUUACCAGGUUUAUCUGUUUCGCCUUAUUGUUUAUGUAAAAGUGGAUAUACUGGAAAAUUUUGUGAAAUUGAGUAUUUUCGAUGUCAAUUAAAUGGUCGUUUUACUUAUCAAUAUAAUUGUGCUAAAGGAAAAUAUUUUGAAUGUAUUCAUUAUGGAUAUGAUGGACCAAAUAAAAAUGGUAUAUUAUUAAGUCGAAAUUGUCCUUUAUCACUUCGAUAUAAUGUUCUUACUGAUCAAUGUGAUUAUUCGACAAAUGUACAAUGUAUUGAGAAUGAAACAGAACAUUCUCUUUUUUGA